AGAAGGGAGAUGGAGGUGUCUUCUGUUCUUCUCUGCAAUGGGUGUACCUCAUGGCAGGGUCUUCUGCUCACAGCCUCCCUUUUAACAUGCUGGCACCUGCUCACAGCCGUCCAGGUCAGAAUUGAAUCUGUCCCACCCCAAGUGGUUGAAGGAGAAAACGUCCUUCUUCUUGUCCACCGUCUGCCAAAGAGUUCUGUAGCUUUAGUCUGGUCCAAAAGCGUGGAAAGUAUGGACCAUGGAAUUGGAACAUAUUUCCUGGACAAAGAUUUAAGUAUACCAGGGCCUUUUCACAGUGGUAGAGAAACAGUGUACAGCAAUGGAUCCCUGCUGCUGAGAAAUGUCACCAAGAAGGAUACAGGAUUCUAUAUCCUACGAAUCUUAAAUAGACAUGUAAUUAUUGUGUCAACAACAACCGUGUACCUUCACGUCCACACCAUCUUUUGGACUUGUGGGCGCCAUGCCACCUCUCCCCAACCCACCGUUGAAUCAGUGCCACCUUGCAUUACUGAAGGGGGAAGUGUUCUUCUACUCGUUCACAAUCCACCAGAGAAUAUUAAAGCCCUUGCCUGGUUCAAAUGGAUGACUGCGUCCAAGAAACUUGAGGUUGCCCGAUAUAUACCAGGCAGGAAAGCAACUGUGUGGGGGCCUGCAUACAGCGGCAGAGAGACGUUGCACAGUGAUGGAUCCCUGCUACUCCAUGGUGUCACUCAAAAAGACCCUGGACUGUACACUCUAGCUAUUCUGAGAACAGAUUUGAAAAGUGAGGAAGCACAGAUAAAACUCCAGGUCCACACUCCCCAUUCUCAGUUCUGUAAUCCUUUCGCUUCUUCCCAACUCAUGAUCCAACCAGUGCCUCGCUAUGCAGCUGAAGGGGAAGGCGUAUUUCUCCAAGUUUAUAAUCUUCCAGAAGAUCUGAAAGCCUUUUACUGGCAUAAAUCAAAGUAUAGGAACCCGUUCUUUAAAGUUGUAGAAUACAGGAGAGCCACGAAUUCCAUCAUCUGGGGGCCUGCACUCAGAAGAAGAGAUACAGUGUACAAUAAUGGAUCCCUGAUGCUCCAGGAUCUAACUGAGAAAGAUGCAGGACUCUACACGCUAGCAGUUUUAAACAAAGAUUCCAAAAUUGUAAAAGCAUACGUGGAAUUUUAUGUAAAGAAGCCUGUGACACAGCCCUUUGUGCAAAUCACUGACACCACAGUCACAGGAGGUACAUCUGUGAUCUUCACCUGCGUUUCACCCGACACUGAUGUCUCCAUCCGUUGGAUCUUCAAUAACCAGAGUAUGCAUCACCUAGGAAGGAUGACUCUGUCCCCAACAAAGUGUGGACUCAGAAUAGAUCCUGUCAGGAGUGAGGAUGCUGGAGAAUACAAGUGUGAGGUCUCCAACCAAGUCAGUAUGAAGACCAGUCUCCCAGUCUCUUGGCCACGAUAA